AUGUCCACUAUCCCUUCUCACUAUUCAAAAGCUUUUGUCCACCAACGCUUUAGAAAGGCUCUAAGCAUCGUACAGCAUUACUCUUCCUCACUUGAACCAUCCAAGGAUCAACGACUGGAGCUGUAUGCGCUUUUCAAGCAAGCUUCGACUGGCAAUGUGAAUACUCAACGACCUGGCAUAUUCGAUGUCGUGGGACGCGCCAAAUGGGAUGCCUGGAAGCAGCUUGAAGGCCUUAGUACACUGGAAGCCAAGCAUCGUUACGUAGAAGCAUUCUUACGAGUAGCGUCCGAGGCUUAUCGAAAACCAUCCAGUCGAGCUCAGGCACAACAAAUCCUUCAAGCAUUUGCCACAAUGCAACCAUCAUCUAUACAAGAAGAAAGCAGUGAUGAUGACGAGGAUGAUGAUGAAUACGAGGAUGAUGAAGAAUCAAGUGUCAUAGCAGAAGAGCGUGCUUAUUUGCGAGACAUCCAACAGCAGCAACGUCAAUAUUAUCAAAGACGACAAUCAUCCCUUCGACCACCAUCAGCUGCAUCGACACAAAUAUCAGCCAUCACAGCCCCAUCCACGCCACUCGGUCGACCCAAUUCAGCUAUUUCAAAUCGCAUUAGACGACCACCCGUACUCUUACAAGGAGGAGAUGAUGAUUCAGUGAUACUUGAUCCUAAUGUCAAUCCAUGGGUUUCUUCAUCCACCAAAGACAUUGAUCCACGGCAACAACAACAGCAACAACAACGUCGUGAUUCUUUACUUACACCCUCUUUUGAUCCCACAUCUCCUUUGGAACACAGACCAGAAUCAUUCAAUCGUCUUGUAUCAUCAUCAUCACCAUCCUAUCCAACAGCACCUUCAUCUUUUGUCUCCAAUCCCUCGUCACCAGCAAGAUCUAAUAUAACCGCCACACAAGAACAAGAUCAACAAGGCACCCAUCCCACUAAUACAUCGGUUGUGUCACUUGGUCCAGCAACAAGACGUGCUCUCGAAACGUUAGAAACUGAAAUCAUUGCAUUGAAUGAACGUAUCGAUGGACUCAAGCAAGAAUUACGUGCCAAUAUUACCAACACAGCCCCUUCAUCAUCAUCCACUGCACCAAGGAAAAAGAAACGUGCUGGGCAAUGGCCAUGGCGAUGGAUUGUCAAGAUGGCGUUGCGACAUACGAUUGUGCACAUUCUGCUAUUAGUGUGCUUCGCAUUGUACAUGGAUCAGAGUCCGAUUGCACUUAUUACUCAAAUUGUGGCAUCACAAAGGAAUAGACAACGUGCCAUAGUAUAG